CUUCGACACUUGCUACUGGCUACAUGGCUUCCAAUCUGCAGGCGUCUACCAUCGUUCGGACUUGCUAUAACUGUGGAGAUCCAGGGCAUUUCUCUCGUUGGUGUCCUCAUCGAAAUGGAGGACAGACCUUUGGCUCCCAACCUCUCCUUACUCUUCCUUCUAACUCCUCCGUUUCUCUUCCGUCUUCCUCCUCUUCCGGUCUUGGUUUGUCUGGGCAGUUUCGCAACAAUGGCUGGUACGAGGCCAAACAGCGGUUGAUUUUGCUAGAGGACACUGUAGCUGAAAUCAAGUCACGACAUGAUGCUGAGGUGGAAAAAGAGAAGAACCUUAAGGAGGAAGAGGAUAGGAAGAAGAGGACUGUUGAAGAUAAUGAACGAAGAGAGAAAGAUCGUAAGGAACGAGAAGAUAUGCAUAAGCGGAUGAUGAAUGAUAUGAAUGAGAAGUGGGAGAAGAUGUGUGGGAGGAUGACAGAUAAGAAGGAUGAUUCUAAGGGGCUAUCUGAGAUGGAACAGUUGCGGAGAGAGAUCGAAGGGCUUAAAGGUCAGAUGGUUGGACCUGCAGCUUCUACGUCAACUCAACGAGCCACGGCCGAAGGUGAUGAAGUAGUAAGGCAGCUGCUAAAAGAACAAGAGAACAUGAAAGCAAGGUUGGAGAAGUCUUUGGCUUCGCAGAAACGAUUGGAGAGUUUGGAAGCUGAUAUGGCCUUGAUGCGCACCAUGCGGGAUGAAGCUCUCCAGGAGGUCGAGACUUGGAAGAACGAAGCGCUGCGUCCAGGCAACAAACGUGGCUGCGCAGCGGUUACUCCUUCACCGGUCACUCGCACUCAAUCCAAGACUAACACAGAGUUUGUCGGGAUGGUACAUCGUCAUUCCUUGGAGGUCGAAAAAUUGAAGGAGCUACGCGUCCUUGACUUCAACGCCAGGAGGGAGAAAGAACAGGAGAACGAAAAACUGAAGAUUGCUAUGGAUGGAGCACGGAAGGCGACAAUGGAACGAGAACAAGAAAACGAACGACUCAAAGUUGCGAUUGCUGAUUUGGAAGCCACGCAACGUGAACCCUGUACCAAUCUCCGAUGGAGAAUGAAUGAGAUGGCCUCUCGAUCUACAGGCCUGACGAAGAAAAAGACUGUUACCAAUCCUUUGACCGCACGUGCUCUGGAGAAGCAGCAGUUUGUCAAAGAUCAACGCAAGGACCUUGCUACAAGAAAAAUGAUGAGAUUACGAAGCUUUGUUUGAAAGAAGGUUUGAAGUAUGUUACGAUUAAGCAGUCGGUGGAAGACAUUAUCCAGGCUUGUGUUGCUAAAGUUUAUCCCGAUCCCGGUAAGGCUGAUUUGGAGGUAUCGGAGGAUUUUGCUGGACCCUCGAACAAGGGGCCGCCCGCAAACGCUGAGGAUGCUACUUCUUAGGAUCCUCCCCGAAUGCGGCUUUCCUUUGGUCGACUGUUGUUUCUUGCUCCCUUUUAAGAUCAGCUUCCUCUCACAAUCUCAGGCACAAAGGGAUAGGCGAGUUGUUUCAACUGAUUGUUUUAUUGCUUAUCUUGACAAGUUGUGUUCCAUGGGCUGAUAAAUUGACUGGACAUGU